UCCAAGGAGGUGGUCAGAUCUGUGGGAGCACGAUUCAAACCAGAGAACUUUCAGUUUGAGCCGUAGUGCAGUUUCAGACUUGGAAUCGCAUCUCUGCCUGCAGUUUUCACUUUGGAGAAAAACAUGAGAUGCAACGGGCGGAUAAACAUUGAACGCAAUCAAUGAGAUAGGCUACACAACAAUCUCCUUGUGAUAACAGAGCGAAUUGUGAAACGAUUUUCUCAAAUUUUAUCGUUCGCAUUUUAACUUGGAGAGCAAUUUCUUGCCUAGAUUUUUUGUUUUGCAGUUGCGCAUUGAAACUUUACCUGUGCAUUAUGAAAAGGAUAAAUCAAUGAAAUCUACACGCUUGCUUGCGCAUUUAUUUUUGUUAACAGAUUUCUUCAUUCGAAUGAAAGAAAAUCCCGCUUAGGUUGUGAUUGCGGAUGACUUCAGAAGCGAACCUUGUUAAGUGUAAUUAAGAAACAGCCGUAAUAUCAGAAUAAUAUUGGAUAAUUGCUUCUGUUUGUUGUUUUGGAUUUGAAAAUGGAUCGUUUGGGGAUUUUUGUUUCAUUAGUAUUAACUAUUGUACUAGCACAAAUGUGUGACAGUCAAAAGGACUUUGCAGGUGGCAGGCACGAGGGUGCAGGCGCUCGAGAUGUGUGGGAUCAGGAACGUGCGCGAGCCAGAAAUCAGGGUCACAGUACUGGGGGAAUUGGAGACGAUUCCUCGGCCAGACAACCGACUGAAAGUUCGUACAGGACUCAUAACAAUAACUCACGUUCAGGCAGGGGGACUGAACAGCUGAAGAGCGCAGUGUCACAGCAAGAAAGUAGACACGCGACUGUGGUUGAAACUGGUAGCCCAGUUACACCACAGAAAACGGAUGCAUCGUACAAGGAGUGGGACUCUACCGUUCCUUCGGACAGCACACGCAUAACCCCAAAUCAACGAACAGCUAGCAACCCAUCUCAGCAAAGACACCGGAUAACUACCAGGCAGAACCCUACUGGUAGCGGAAAUAAACCCAGGACUACAAGUCUUAGACGUCUUGUUGGGCCCAACGUAUGUGGAGGACAGCAAUGCUGUUCUGGAUGGGCUGUGGCCCCGGGGACAAAUCGAUGCAUCAAGCCGGACUGCCAGCCCCCCUGCCAGAACCGGGGCUCCUGCAGCCGACCCCACACCUGCGUGUGCCGUUCCGGGUUCCAGGGCGCCCACUGCGAGGAGGUGGCCCCGGAGCAGGUGUACAUCCGCACGGGCGCCUCCCGGGCCCUCAUGCCCGUCCGGCCCGGCGGCGGCGGCAGCGGCGGUGCCCAGCAGCAGCGCAGGAGGCCCGGCGGCGGCAGCACCAGGACUCAGACUCCCAGACCGCAGGCCCCAGUCACGAGACGGCCCCUCGCCACCGCGUCCCAGGUGAGACGGGGAUCGGCGGACUCCUCCCCCCAGCAAACAGGGAUGUCCCGGACCGUCAAGCGCUACCCAUCAUCCAACUGGCCCAUCACCUCCAAUGCUCUGCCCAAUGGGAACGGCAACGGACAUCAUAGCGACCAGAGACUCACCGUCGACCGCCAGGGGGGUGACAACCUCAAUAAUGCUGUGGCCCCCAUAGGGGCCAACGGCACCUCCAGCCUGGACCGCAUCAAGAUCGUCUUCACCCCCAUGGUCUGCCGGCGGACCUGCAGCGGCGGCCGCUGCUUCAACAGCUGCGAGAAGGGCGACACCACCACCGUCUACAGCGAGAACCAGAACCAGAACCAGCAGCCCAAGCCCCAGGGCUUCCGCCUCUUCUUCUGUCAGCUUCCCUGCAUGAACGGCGGACGCUGCAUCGGGAGGGACCAGUGCUGGUGCCCGUCAAACUCCACGGGGAAGUUCUGUCACCUCCCCGCCCCCCCUCCUCAGAAGCCCCAGCCCGCCCAGAAAGAGGUCGCCCAGCCCGGACACAACUCGCACUCCAUGUACACCCUGCCCCUCUCCAACCAGCAAGCCUCCAUGCACCCAUCCCUGGUGAAUGUGCACAUCCAGCAUCCGCCCGAGGCAGAGGUGCAGAUCCACCAGGUGGCCCGGGUCAAGCCUGGCCAGAUGCCCCCUGCCGGGCGGGACACCAGCGCAGAUGGGGUGCACUCUGUGCAGCAGCGCUCCCAGCCAGGGAACGGGAACGGGAACGGGAGCGGGAAGGGCAUCGACAACGGCAACGGCAACGGCAACGGCAACGGCAACGGCCACACCAGGCCCCACAGCCGGCAGAAUGGCUACGUGGGCAGGUGCUUCCAGGAGACCAUUGACGGACAGUGCGGUAAGCCACUUCCCGGCCUGACCAAACAGGACGACUGCUGUGGCAGCGUGGGAGCCUCCUGGGGUCUGAACAAGUGCACAGAAUGCCCCCCCAAACCAGCCUAUGCAGUGAUUGCAAAUGGCCAAGUCGAGUGCCCUAAAGGUUACAAGAGGAUGAACCUGACUCAUUGCCAAGAUAUAAACGAGUGCCUGAUGCCUGGGAUUUGUAAGAACGCUGAGUGUCUGAACACCAAAGGUAGCUACAGGUGCACCUGCAAGCCCGGAUACAUGCUGGACGCUGCCAGGAGCCACUGCGUCUCGGACAAGGCCGUUUCCGACAAGAGGGGAGUGUGCUACCGCUCCACGUCGGCCGGGACCUGCUUCCUGCCCCUCACCCAGCACAUCACCAAGCAGAUCUGCUGCUGCAGCCGCGUGGGCAAGGCCUGGGGCCCGGCGUGUGAACGGUGCCCGGUGCCCGACACAGACCAUUUUAAGGAGAUCUGCCCGGCUGGCCAUGGCUACACUUACUCCAGGUCAGACAUACAGAUCUCAUUACGGCAGGUGGAGGAGGAGGAGCUGAGGAGGACCGACGAAUCCCAGCAUCCACUGCCCCCUCCUCACCACCAUCACCCCCAGCAACCCCAAAUCCCACAGUAUCCCUCGUUCAUUCACCCUGACACUGAGCCUCCCAGGACACCCAUCUGGCAACCAGAAGAUGUUGAAAUAUUGAGAACACCUGCUGCUGUGACAGAUUCUCCCUCGAGGUAUCCAGAUGUGUUAGAGAGGACCACCCCCCACUAUACCAUCGACCUGAAGCCAGAGCCCGAAGGCCGCGACACCACAUCCAUAAACGUUGUUACCCAGGUUACAGAUGUUGACAGAUGUUCCAUCACCCCCACCAUCUGUGGUCCAGGGGUGUGUGUGCCAGUGCAGACGGGCUAUACCUGCCACUGCCACCCGGGCUACCAGCUCAAUGCACUGCAGACUAAGUGUUUGGACGUUAAUGAGUGCGACAGCGACCCCUGUGGAGGCAAAGGGCACUGCGUGAACAUUCUUGGCUCCUACACUUGCCACUGCUACACUGGUUACAGCCAGGUCAUCACUCAGAACAGGAGGUUCUGCCAAGAUGUGAACGAGUGUGACAUGCCCAACAAGUGCCCGGGCAGCCGCUGCAUCAAUACAGAGGGCUCCUACACCUGCGAGUGCGAGAGUGGCUAUGCCAAGAGCUGGAGAGGGCAGUGCGAGGACAUAGACGAGUGCCGAAAGCCCAACGCCUGUCCCGAAGGAAGAUGUCUGAACACCCCUGGCUCCUUCCAGUGUCUGGCCUGUGGCCCCGGGUUCAAGGCGGCUGGCGGGAGGUGUCUGGAUGUCAACGAGUGUCAGAACCCUGGGGUGUGUGCCCACGGCAGGUGUGUCAAUAUGGAAGGCUCAUACACGUGCAUUUGUAACGCUGGCUAUCAAGCCAGCCCAGACAACAACAGUUGCCAAGAUGAGGAUGAGUGUCAGCUGCCAGGAGUCUGCCAUCAGGGCAGGUGUGUGAACCUGGAGGGGACCUACAGGUGUAGCUGUAACCUGGGAUACCAAGCCAGCCAAGACGGCACACUCUGCGAAGAUAUCGAUGAAUGCACAACCAGAAAUGUGUGCCCUUAUGGAAUAUGCACCAACACUGAAGGUUCCUACUCAUGCUCCCACUGCAGGCCGGGAUAUGUUCGUUCAGCAAAUGGACAGAGAUGUGAAGAUGUGGACGAGUGUGCUCAGGGGACAGUUUGUCCAGGUGGGGUCUGCACCAACACAGAGGGCUCUUUUACCUGUGAGCAGUGCCAAAGGGGCUAUAGCCUUUCCCAGGACAAGCGGAGGUGUGAGGAUGUGGAUGAGUGUCUCACUCCUUCUGUGUGCAACAAUGGGAUUUGCCUGAAUGCUGAGGGCUCCUACUCCUGUGUCCCCUGCCCCAGUGGCUACAUCGUGUCUGCUGACGGAGAGCUUUGUGAAGACAUCGAUGAAUGCGCGUCAGUCACAACGUGCCCCACGGGAACCUGCAUCAACACGGAAGGUUCCUUCAGGUGUAUCACCUGCGGGCCUGGCUUCAGAAUGGCGGAGGAUGGGCAGUGUGAAGACGAGGACGAGUGCGCGCAGCCGGGCGUGUGCCCUGGCGGGGUGUGCCGGAACACAGCCGGCUCUUUCUCCUGCAUGGCCUGCGGAACGGGCUUCAGGGUGUCUGCGGACGGCUCCGCGUGCGAAGACGUGGACGAGUGCCUGGUGGCCAACGUGUGUCCCGGCAGGCUGUGCCGUAAUUCUGCGGGCUCGUUCUCCUGCAGCAGCUGCGGGCCGGGGUACGCGCUGAGCGAGGACGGGUACGGCUGCGAAGAUAUUGACGAGUGCCUGUCCCCUGGAGUGUGUCCGUCAGGCGUGUGCACCAACACGGAGGGCUCCUACUCCUGCGUGUUCUGUGAUGCUGGCUACACCCUCAGCGCCGACAGACAAACCUGUGAUGCGGUGGAAGGAGCCACAGCUGGGCAGGAGAUUUCGCCCGCUCUCGCUCGCCCUCCCUCGCUCUCAGACGUGGACGAAUGCGCCGACGGGAACACGUGCUCAGGGGGCCAGUGCCUGAACACGGACGGCUCCUUCCACUGCGUGUGCGAGGCCGGCUUCAAGUUCCACCCGGAGACGGGCCAGUGCAAAGACAGGGACGAGUGCAAGGAGUACGGCAGCAGCGUGUGCGGGUCCUGGCACUGCGAGAACACCCUGGGCUCCUACCGCUGCUUCAUGGGCUGCCAGCCGGGCUUCCACGGCCAGGACGCCGGAGACUGCGACAUCGACGAGUGUGUCAACGAGACGAUCUGUGGAGACCACGGGUUCUGUGAGAACACGGACGGCUCGUACCGCUGCCAGUGCGACCUGGGGUAUACCGACUCCCCCGACGGCCCAGGGUGUGUGGACAUCAACGAGUGCGAGAUGAGCACAGCGCUGUGUGGGCAGUUCCUGUGCGAGAACGUGGAGGGAACCUUCCUGUGUAUCUGCCCCAAUGAGAACGAGGAAUACAUCCCGGCCACCGGCCAGUGCCUGAGCCGCCCGGGGAUGAUGGACCCCAUAGAUGACCCCGAGCUUGCCCCGGGGCCCUCUGAUGACGAGGAGAGGAAGCAGUGCUACUACAACAUCAACGACGCCAACUUCUGCGACAACGUGCUGUCCCGCAACGUCACCAAGCAGGAGUGCUGCUGCACGGUGGGGGCUGGCUGGGGGGAUAACUGCGAGAUCCACCCGUGCCCCUUCCCCGGGAGAGCGGAAUUCAGCCAGCUGUGUCCGCACGGCAGGGGCCUGCUCCCCCUGAGGGGUCCGUCCCAGGGCUUCGGCCAGCAGCUCUUCAAAGAUGCGGACGAGUGCGAGAUGUUUGGGCCUGAGAUCUGCGAGACGGGCCGCUGCUCCAACUCGUACUCCACGUACUCCUGCUUCUGCCGCACGGGCUACUACUACGACACCGUCCGGCUGGAGUGCGUGGACCACGACGAGUGCCUGGCGGAGAACACCUGCGUGGACGGGAGCUGCUUCAACACCGUCGGCUCCUUCAACUGCUUCUGCAGCCCGCCCAUGAUCCUGGACCACACGCGCCGGCGCUGCGUCGCUGUCAACGGCUCCGAGGAGAGCCACGACCCGGGCGAAGAGUACCACGUGGACAUCUGCUGGCAGGACCUGACAGGGGAUAACAUGUGCUCCGACCCCCUGGUGACCAAGAGGACCACCUACACGGAAUGCUGUUGUCUGUUUGGAGUGGCCUGGGGCAGCCAGUGUGCCUUCUGUCCUGAGAGGAGCUCUAAUGACUAUGCCUCGCUAUGCAACCUGCCCAGAAGGAUUCUAGAAGAUACCGACAGCCUGCGGGAGAGGCCGGGCUAUGAGUACGGGCCUGACGGGUCGGAGGGCCCCGACGGCGCCCUCUACUGGGGCGGUUACGUGCCUGGCGGCGGCGGCAGCUACUACAACACGCCCCAAGACCCCCAGCCAGGCUCCUUCUACCCCGGGCCGGACUCUAGCGAUGACUACGGCUCCCGCGAGGCGGCGAGGAGCCCUGUACUCCGGCCCAGAGAGUUCCAGCCCCACCUAGUGGACCCCUACAGCGAGCGCUACGACGGCUUCGAGGGGCUGCAGGCGGAGGAGUGCGGCGUCCUGAACGGCUGUGAGAACGGGCGCUGCGUGCGCGUGCGCGAGGGCUACACCUGCGACUGCUUCGACGGCUACGAGCUCAACCUGGCCAAGAUGGCCUGCAUCGAUAUCGACGAGUGCAAAGACAUCGGCGACAAGGUGCCGCUGUGCAAGAACGGGGCGUGCGCCAACACGGAGGGCUCGUACCGCUGCACCUGCCUGCCCGGCUUCCAGGCCUCCGCCAGGCCCCACGAGUGCAUCCCAGAAGCCCCUGCGUCCUCCCAGAGAGAGGCGGGAAAGUGAGGGCGUGUCGCGGCGCAGUUUUCCGUGCUCUCGCCCAAUCCUCCCCCUCCCUCCUUCCCUCCGUCUCUCUGCCCGCACCACCGCCCCCCAGCCCUCUCCCUGGGCUUGGCACUAAACUUUCAAUAGAACAGCAGGAAUGUCAGCCCUCCCCUCAGAACAGAUACACACACAGACACACACACACGCAGACACACACACACUCAC